AUGCAUCAAAAUCUAUUUGACGCUCAACAGACUCAGCUUAAAUUCUGCGAGUCAACUCCUUUACGGGAAGAUGCUUCAAGCCCUUCUUCGCCGCGCUAUUUGCAAGCUCUCAGGCUCACGUGCCCGCUCAGCGCCCUCUCCUUAGGGAAUCGACAAAGGACUAUUACACAGUGGGUUGCGGAAAAAGAUAGGAAUGUGACUUUGUUUGGUUAUGCGGAGAAAGACAAGGUGAGUCGAGACAUCGCCAUGCAUGGCUACUGGGAGAUGGAAAACAUGUCCGUCCUCCUUCUCCUUCUCGAGCGAGCACGCUGGCAGCGGCGGGAGUGGCGGCAUCCGGAGUCUCCUUCCCGCCCGCCCCGUCGGGAUGAGCUCGUCAUGUUGGACGUUGGAGGGAAUCUGGGUGCAUACACACUAUGCCUCGCGACAGCCGGCUUCCGCGUCCUGACUUUCGAAGCCAUGCGCCGCAAUAUUCAAGCCAUCCGCGAAGGCAUUUGUCGCAAUUCAGGGCUGAAAGAGAGAGUGAUCCUGUUGGAAAAGGGCUUAGCUGAGAAGGAGGAGAGCAGGCCUUCCUCCCUUUCUCGCACUUUUGACUUCCUUCCCGUUCCCACGGCGCAAUCUUCUCAACCUCAGACGUGUACGCUGGUAGUGGACAAGGAGAAUAUCGGCGACGGGAUCACGCGAUGCCAAGGCCAGGGCGUGAGCCUCGGUUCGGAGGAGGUCAGAGAAGACGCCAUUCAAGUCACGACUUUGGAUCGCGCUCUCUACUGCCCACAAAGCAGCCGUGACGCUGUGCCCUCUUUUUACACAGGCCGACCCGCGGCACUGAAAAUGGACGUGGAAGGCUUCGAAAUGCUGGUGGUACAGGGGGGCCAAGGGUUCUUGAAUACCUCGGACCUGGCAGUAGUCCUCCACGAGAACGGCCACAUGCCCUUCGAGAAGCGUAAGUAUCUGCUGGAAUACUUUGUGGACCGGGGGUACGUCUUUCUCUGCCCCGAAGAGAUGUACGAGUGGGUAGACGGGCGGGGAGGGAAGAGAGGGAGAAAGAGAAAAGUACCCAAAAUCGAGGCCUUCGCGGAAUUCGACGAACGGAUUUUUGACUGCUGGGACAUUGCCUGGGUGAAGAAGGAGGAUGUGGAAGUGGAGGCCCCCCGCGGGGGGCGAGGGCAGCGAUACUGGCUCCUGUUGGACUGA